AUGGAUCGUACCGCUUCUAGAGUGCGAUUCUCCGACCACAUCGCCAUUCAAACUUUCGAAGUGGAAGAUCCUCACCCGAAGCGUAGGAAAACAUGCGCAGGUACAAUGGCCACGACUUUCAAGAAAUUCGAGGGUGCCGAGGUCACGGAGACUAUGCUGGAGGAGGCGGCCAAGUUAUUUAGCGAGCACUAUGGUAUUUGGGGCAAGAACGGGUUUGGAAAACCAGGUAAGACAACGUGGUGA